AUGAUGCGAUUGGCGAAACUCACGAGCGCGCUCCUUGUCGCUGCCAUGGCGUCGCCUGUCCCGCUCGACAUUGGCGCCGACAAUGCGCUCGCGCUCAGCGCCGACGGCGCCAAGCCCGUGAGCCAGAUCAUCGAGCGGGCGGGCGCCACGUACAUCUCGGUCCACUUUUCCUCGAUGAACCUUCCGGACGGCGCGUCGAUCACGAUCACGUCCCUCGACGGCAGCAAGAAGGUGUCGUACAGCGGCAAGCACGACGACCUCUUCACGACGACGAUCGACGCCGACCGCGUCGUCCUCACGUACUCGGCGCCGUCGUACGAAAAGGCAUCAAGCGGCAGCAUCUUUGUCGUCGACAAGUUCAUCUCUGGCACGGGCGGCUCCAAGAACCUCCUCGAGUCCAUCUGCGGCACCGACAACUCCAAGCCGUCGCAGUGCUAUGCGGAGAGUGAAAAAACCAAGUUUGAGACGAGCAAGGCCGUCGCGCGCCUCCUCAUCAACGGCCGGUCGCUCUGCACGGGCUGGCUCAUUGGCUCGGAAGGUCAUAUGAUGACCAACUGGCACUGCAUUCAAGACGCUACCAAGGCCAAGAACGUCCAGGUCGAGUUUGCCGCUAAGUGCGCGACGUGCGACGACGCGAACAACACCGUGCAGCGCGGCUGCAAGGGCGAGAUCGUCGCGACUGACGUCGAGUUUAUUGUCUCGGACCAGAAGAACGACUUUGCGCUCGUCAAACUCAAUCUCAAGGAGGGCGCGAACCUUAAGCAGUACGGCUACCUUAAGGUGCGCCCGUCCGGCCCGAUCCUCAACGAAGAGAUCUACAUCCCGCAGCACCCGAAGGGUAACCCGCAGCAUAUGGCGCUUGUGGACGACGACGGCGCGCCCGGCAAGAUCACCGACUUGAGCAGCGGGAGUUGCUACAACGAAAUUCCCGAGAACGACUACGUCGGCCAUCAGCUCGACACGCAAGGCGGGUCGUCCGGCUCGCCGAUGCUCAGUACUAAAGACAACGCUGUCGUCGCCCUCCACAACUGCGGCGGCUGCAACAACGGCGGCAUCAAGAUGGACCGUAUCGUCGACUUUCUCAAGUCCAAGAACAUUCCGCUGCCCAAGGACGCGACUGCGACCGCGACCAGCGACGCGCCGACGUACCCACCGACGACCCAGUCGCCGACAACCCAGCCGCCGGUGCCGGCCAACACGAUCUCGUUCUGCUCGAUCUCAAACCGCGUUCUCUCCGAGUACUACCGGGGUCUGUACCAGGACACGCCCAAGGGCAACAAGAACGAACAGUUCGUCUACGACCAAGCGUCUGGCACGCUCGCGGUGCAGAGCAACGGCGAGUGCCUCGACGCGUACGCGGCGGACGCAGGCUUCAAGCUCCACAC